CCACAAGCGGCGGGGGAUCUGCAGCAUUCCUCACGGAGUCAACAACACUUAUAUCCCUCCUCCUCCGUCCGGCUCUCUGUCCGUAAAACAUUCCUCUCCCACUCUAUCAAAUACCCAUCUCAAUAAAACUACCCACCAUGGCUGUCCCGUCCGGCCUCCCCAACUACACCCGCCACAUAACCAGCCACAACUCCUCCGGCGAGGCCAUAAUCCACUCCUCCACACCAGGCGACUGGACCAGCAUCGGGGAGGACCGAUUCGGCUUCAGCGUCGCCUACACCACCUCAUCAUUCCCACCCGACCUCAACAAUGACGCCGACAUUUCCACCCACUCAGCCAAAAUGGAAUCCAAGAACCUCGGGCUCGUCAGCCCCAACGGCACCGUCUGUCGCGUGGUGGACUUCGCACCCAACACAGACCCAUUCAUGCACCGCACGCGGAGUCUAGACUACGGAGUUGUCCUGGAGGGCGAGAUCAUCAUGGAGUUGGACUCGGGGGAGAAAGUGUUGAUGAAGAAGGGCGACAUAGCCGUGCAGCGGGGGACGAUGCACGGAUGGCGCAAUCCGAGCAAGGAGAACUGGACGAGAAUGCUGUUCGUGCUGCAGGACUGCAAGCCCAUCUCUGCGGAGGAUGGUAAACAGUUGGGUGAAGAUCUGGGAAAGUCGUCGGAUCUGCCUCCUUCUGAUGGAGCUAAUGCAUAA